AGAGAAUAUGACGUUGGAGCCGUCGGCAUCGUCGCCCGGAGUCAGCAGCCUCGACGGCACGCUGAUGAGCGCGGCGGACCGCGAGGCGCUGCGGCUGGCCAUCGAGGGCAACUACUGCACGGUUGUGCGCGGCUCAACUGGCUGCGGCAAGACGACGCAGCUGCCGCAGCUGCUGCUCGCCGCGGGCUUCGGGCCGGUCUGCGUGACGCAGCCGCGCCGGAUGGCGGCGAUCGCUGCCGCGCGGCGGGUCGCGCAGGAGCGCGGCGGCGAGGUGGGCGGCGAGGUCGGCUACGCCAUUCGCUUUGAGCAAGAGUGCGGGCCGUCGACGCAGAUCAAGUUCGUCACGGACGGCGUGCUGCUGCGCGAGGCGGUCCGCGACCAGGCGCUGUCGCACUACGGCGCGGUCGUCCUCGACGAGGCGCACGAGCGCUCGAUCAACACGGACGUGCUCCUCACCGUCGCCAAGCAGAUCCUCUCCGGGGCGCGCGGGCCGCGCCGCCUCGUCGUUGCCUCGGCGACGUUGGACGCGGCCCGCUUUAGCCGCUUCUUCCGCGACGCUCCGGUCGUCGAGGUGUCGUCGCGCACGUUUCCCGUCACGGCGCAGCCUCGCCGCGUUGGGCCGGGUUUCCCCGGAGCCUUGCCUGACCCUUCCCCGGGGCCCUUUGCUCAGCUCCUCGAGGCGGACCCGGACGGGCCGCGGCUGCAGGUGCACCCGCUGCACGCCUCGCUCCCCUCGGCGGACCAGGCGCGCGUCUUUCGGCCGCCGCCGCCGCGCACGCGCCGGCUCAUCCUCGCGACAAACAUCGCCGAGACGUCGCUCACGCUGCCGGGCGUGCGCACCGUCAUCGACGCCGGCGUCGCCAAGGAGAAGCGGUACGAGCGCGACCGCGGCAUGGAGGUCCUGUCGGUAGUCCCGAUCUCGCAGAGCAACGCGGUGCAGCGCGCCGGCCGCGCCGGCCGCACGGCGGCGGGCGAGGUGUGGCGGCUGUACAGCGAGGAUCAGCUUGCGGGGAUGGCCUCCGAGCCCCAGCCCGAGAUCCGGCGGUCCAACCUCGCCAAUGUGGUCCUCUCGCUCAAGGAGAUGGGGGCGCUCGACUGGCUCGACCCGCCCGAGCCGGAGGCGGUGCACGCGGCGCUGAGGCAGCUCUUCCUGCUCGGCGCGCUCGACGGGCGCGGCGAGCUCACCGCCGCCGGCGCGGCGAUGGCGCAGCUGCCGCUCGAGCCGUCGCUCUCAAAGACGAUGCUCACCGCGGCGGCGCUCGGCUGCCGCGACGAGGCGGCGAGCGUGUGUGCGCUCGUCUGCGGCGAGGAGGUCUUUUGCCGCGCGGGUCCGCCGUGGCUGCGCGAGGCUGCGGCCGAGUCGCGGCUGCACUACGAGAGCGCCGACGGCGACCACAUGACGCUGCUCUCCGCGUACGAGGAUUGGGCGCUCGUCCCGCACUACCAGCGCGAGGCGUGGUGCGCAGAGCGGGGUCUGCAGGGCCGCGCGCUGCGGGCGGCGCACAGCGUGCGCACCCAGAUCCUCAGCCUGCUCUCCAAGUCCGGCCCUCGCGGCGGCGGGGAGGAGGCGACGGCGGCCCACUCCGCGGCCGAGGCGCGCGCGCGCUGCCGCCGCGCCAUCUGCGCGGGCCACUUUAUGCACGCGGCGCGGCGGGCGCACGCCGCGCGGGCGGGCAACGAGCAGCUGCUGAGCAGCGCGACGCACGUCGUCUUCAGCGAGCUCGCGUGGGUGGGCCGGCUGGUCAUGCAGCACGCGUGCGCCGUCGAGCCAGCGUGGCUGCAGGAGCUCACGCCGCGGCUGGCCGAGGCGAAGCGGGUGCUCCGGCUCGGCGGCGUGGGGGGGCACUGGCGCGGCGACGGGGAGGUCGGCGCGGGGGCGGAGGCGGGCGGAGGCGGAGGCGGGCGGCCCGCCGGCGACGAGUCGGGGCCGCCCGGCCCGGCCGCGGCGCGGCGCAACAACGACGCCACCGUGGCCGCGGCGAGGUUGCGGCUGGAGGAGCGGAGGAAGCGCGCGCGGUUGCCGUAAAGAGUGGGCGCGUUGUUGUUGGCGUGGGAAAUCUCACAGCCCGGUGUGAACACGAUUUGAAGGUAUCC